AUGAAAACGCUGACACGCGAGAUUAACGCGACGCUGUUGGCAAUGGAGAACUCAGGUGCAAUAUCGCCAAUCGACCGACGCAUGGCGAGAGCACAAGAAACGGCCCUAGCCCGAUUCUACGGUCUCCCAAAAGUGCACAAAGAGGGCGCUCCUCUCCGGCCUAUCGUGUCACUAAAGGGCCCUCCAACCUACGGACUCGCAAAGUGGCUGUUCCAACGCCUCAAGUUUCUGACCUCCGAUUCGAACACCACAGUCAGCUCGUCAACGCAAUUCUUGGAGAAACUUAAAGGAGUAAGUCUCCUGCCAAGUGAUAUCAUGGUUUCCUUUGAUGUCACGUCCCUUUUUACUUCUAUCCCGCAGGACCUGGCAGUCGAGACAAUCGAACUACUCCUACGAGAGAAGUACGACGAAACGGAGAAUCGCCUCGGACACGCCCAAAUCAUCCAGCUCCUGAAGUUCUGUCUCAAGACGUACUUUACAUUCGACGGAACAAUCUACGAGCAGGUGAAGGGAACGCCAAUGGGUUCGCCGAUUUCGGGACUCAUAGCCGAGGCGGUCCUUCAACGGCUGGAGUCGCUGGUUUUCCGACACCACAGACCGAAAUUCUGGGCUCGGUAUGUGGAUGACACCUUCGUCGUCAUCGAACGGGAUCAGGUGCUGACUCAACUCAACGCCGUCUUCCCGGACAUUCAAUUUACGAUGGAGGAGGAGGAAAACAAUCAGCUGGCCUUCCUGGAUGUCCUCGUCUGCCGCAAAGAUUGUGGUGGCCUAAAAACCAAAGUGUUCAGGAAAGCGACAAAUACGACGCAAAUACUGAACUUCAAUAGCGACCACCCGAUCAGUCACAAACGCAGUUGCGUAAGGGCGCUAUACCGGCGUGUUGAGACGCACUGCAGUGAAAUGGAAGACAAGGUUGCUGAAUUACAAUAUCUUCGACGGGUAAUGAGAGCCAAUGGCUACCCGCGCAACUUUGUCAACCAAUGCAUACGAAAAGGACACCAGAGACCAAAUCCAACUAGCCCCAAAUUUUGGCGGGCUCUUCCGUACGUGAAGAACGUCUCGGAAGCCGUCAGUCGUCUUCUCACUCCACUUGGAGUUGGUGUUGCACACAGGCCGGAAGCAACCAUUAGGCGCCAAGUAAUGAGGCCAAAAGACCCGCUGCCACGGCAGGAAACGUCUGGAGUCGUUUACCGGAUCUGGUGUAGUUGCGGACAAAGCAAUUAUGUCGGAGAAACUGGGAGAUUACUCCGUACGCGACUUGCCGAGCACGCAGCAGCAGUGAGGCGGGGAGACGCUAACUCUCAGGUGGCGGCACACUCGACGGGACCCGGCCAUAAUUUCAAAUUUCAAGAGGCCGAAGUCCUCGCAAGGGGUGACAACCGCGUGAGCCGCGAGCUGCUCGAGUCAUGGUUCUCAGGCCCGCAAUCCAUCAACAAACACAAUGACCUCCCGGUGGCCUAUUCCGUAUUGCGAUUUUCCCUGGGCAGGAGAAUCAGUCACGUGGGGAGGGCGCGGGUGAGCAAUUAUCACGGUGACAGUGAGCCAGUUUGCCGAGCAAUCGUCACACCAGCAUCGAGCACGGAUGACGAAAUCGCGGCAAUUAACAACUCGGACUCGGACCGCCAAGCCACCGCCGCAUCAAUUACGACCCCAGCGGCGAUUGUGAGAACUGUUAAUUGCAGUGCGCAUACGGUCCCACGGCAGCCACGUGCUAUAAAUACUGCAUUCCUGGUGCCACCUUUACCUCUAUCUGCGAAUGUCUCUGAUGAUGGGCUCGAGUGA